AUGCCUCUCCCCCUCUCAUAUCCUGGCCUUAAAUGUGUACUUGAAAACUUGGAAGCAGUAAAGCGGGUUCAUAUAAUUUCCCGUGCACCAGGCCUUCAAAAAGUAGAUAAAUUGAUUCCACUGCGUUUGAAGGAUUUCUCUAUUGUAAAGGAAGAAAUGACUAUCAACACAUUAAGAAUUGGUUAUGGUUAUGAUAAAGAUAAAGUAAAAUUCGAAAACGAUAUGAAUGAGAAAACAUUCAGCAGACAGAGAGGAGAGAGCAGUGAAGACAAAAUGAAGAAAUUUGUCAACUUUUAUUUCUGUGGAAGGUCAAUCAUCCAUGUGCACGAGUUGUGUUGGUGUGACGGAAUGUUCCAAAAUUUCUUGCCUGUCGAUAUGAAAUUCAGAGUGAAUUCGUUGACAGCGAUAUCCUAUUAUUUUAAUACCGCAAUUCCUUUCAUAGACCCUCAUAGUUUUCCUCUGAAAACUCUUUUCACUUCUAUUGCCAACACCUCAAUCUUCGACAUCCAAGUAGUGAAGUUAACAGAAACUCUUCUUCUGAAUCUCGCUAUUGAUCGGAUAGUCACUGUUGAAGACCUCAAGAAGUUGAACAACAAAACAGUGAUAUUCAAACAUUGUCGCUUCAGAAUUGAUUUGAUUUCAUUGAUUAAAUAUCACAUUGAAACUAAGAAAGAUAUUAGAACCACUUUUGUGAUUCCAACAGAUUGCAAAGGUUUUAUCAAUAAUAUGCUCCGUGAGUUUAAUCUCGCGUUUGGUAAAUUCCGAUGCGAUUUGAAGGGCGUGAAUGAGAGAUUUCUCCCAGGAUCUUCUAGAUUCUCCAUCCCUAUCAACGAUGGAUCUAGAAUCCAUGUCUAUGCAACUAAGGGAUCUCAAAAGGGGUUCUAUGAAAUAAUUGUGAAACCAGUCUCGGGAUUAUGA